AUGCCUGCAAAUACCACGCCCGUGCACUUCUUCUCCCACGGCUCGACAAUGAUGCUGGGCGAGGAGUCGGACGCCGCGACCUACUGGAAUAAGUGCGGCGACGACGCCCUCGCUCACGGCAUCAAGGGCGUUAUAAUGAUGGGCGCCCACUGGGACGCCGACGGCGACCGCGUCGAAGUCGCCAUGAACCCCGCGCCGACCAAAUCCCCCGUCGCCUUCGUCCACCCGGACAAGUACCAACACUACGCGCUGAACCCGGACCUCGCCACGGGCCAGCGCUGCAUCUCGCUGCUGCGCGCGGCCGGCUUCGCCGCGACGGGCAACCCAUCCUUCGACUGGAUCCACGACACGUACCUCGUCCUGAUCCGCAUGUUUCCCGGCGGGUGCCCGCCGACGACGCUGGUGUCGAUGAACGCGCGCUUCGACCCGCACUACCACGUCAAGGUCGGGGCGGCGCUGCGGCCGCUGCGCAGCGAAGGCUACCUGCUCGUCGGCAGCGGCGGCGCCGUGCACAACCUCUACCGCAACGAGUGGGCGCCCAUGGUCAAGUACUCGGACAACUUCGCGCAGCCGACGCCGCCCGAGGCGUGGGCCCUCGAUUUCCGCCAGAGCGUCGAGGACGUCUUUAGGAAUAAUAGCGGCCCGCAGCUGCGGCGCGCGCUGACGCGGCUGAUGAAGCAUCCGCAGUAUCGCGACGCGCAGGGCACUGACGACCAUUUCAUGGCGUUGAUGUUUGUCGCCGGCGCGGCCGGGGAUGAGGAGGAUAGGGGCCAGUAUGGGAGGUUGAUGGCUGAGACGUGGGAGUUGACGAAUAUGUGA